UAUGUCAUAUAUAUUUUCUAAAAAUGUCUAUUACCCUAGAAGAAAUUUACUGUUUGUUUUCUGUUCCUGAACUCCCUGAAUUAGUGUGCACUUAAAAUGAAAUAGAUAUAUAUAUAUGAAAGUAAGUGAAAGCAAGAAGGAACGGUCUAAUGCAGUCUAGUGCAGGAACAGAAAACAAGCCAGUAGUGUUGUAAUAAUUUUACGAGUUAUUUGCGUUUUCAUCGUCCAAUCCUGUCGCGAGCGGUAAAGCUUCAGAAAUUCUUAAAAUAACUUUACGCAAAAAGUGCGUCAAAUUUCGCAAUUCGCGAGCAUGGCUCUAAAGCACGUAGUGAUAGGCGGUGGUACCGGUUUCAUAGGAUCACAGCUGAUAAAGUCGCUGAACCUCGAGGGUAUCACCUGUACGUGCAUCUCCCGAAUGCCGGGACCGAACAGAAUAUCAUGGAAUGAUUUAGAGCGCUACGGUCUACCGGACAACACGUCAGCAGUCAUUAACGUCGCUGGACAGAAUGUGCUGGAUCCUAAGCAGAGAUGGUCGCCUGGUUUCAAGCAGAAUAUUAGGAACAGCAGGGUGAAGACAACAAAGGCUCUAGCCGAUUGUAUACAGAAUACCAAAGCCACAGUUUUCGCAACUAUAUCGGGAGUCGCUUACUACGAACCCAAUGGCACUGUAUACACAGAAGAGAGCAAGUGUGAACCAUAUGACUUUUUAUCAAGACUGUCUCACGACUGGGAGGAAGCGGCGAGAUUGCCGAAAGAGAGCAAUAUUAGACAAGUGACAAUUAGAUCUGGAGUUGUGUUGGGAAGAAACGGCGGCAUGAUCAAGCAGAUCUAUUUACCAUUUUUUCUUGGUCUUGGUGGGCCAAUAGGAAGCGGGAAUCAAUACAUGCCCUGGAUACAUAUCACUGACUUAGUUUGCAUGUUUAUAUUUGCGCUUAAAAAUAACAAUGUGCAUGGUAUAUUAAAUGGAGUAGCGCCUCAGCUUAUAACAAACAAGGAGUUUACGAAAGUAUUUGCAGCAGCAAUAAAAAGACCUGCAGUCAUACCUCUUCCGAGUUUCUUCUUGGAAAUAUUGUUCAAUAAAGAACGAGCAAAGAUAAUGUUGGAGGGACAAAAAGUCAUACCAAAGCGUGUUACAGAGUUAGGAUUUCAAUAUCAAUAUCCAGAUAUUGAAAAGGCUUGUAAGCAACUCGUCCAAUGAAUUGUAUACCUCGUGAAGAUUUAUUUAAAUGUUAUGAAAAUUGAUAGAGACAUAUGAUCAUGUGACUUAUAUAGUAAUAUAUAUGAUUCAGAUUGUUAACUGGUUUCAAGUUUUGAAGUAUCUUCUUUGAUACUGUCAAACAGAAAUGAUUGUUAUUUAGUAAAUAAUUAUUUAUUGGAGUGUACAAGAGACGAAUAAAAAAAAUCUUGCUUUGCUA